GUGAUCUGUAUUUUGUUUUAAGAGGAAUGGAGUAAUAAGAAAAAAAGAAAAGCUGGAAAGGCACAGAAGACAUCGAAUAUCCGUCUUGAUCCCAAAGCCUUUUCUCCUUCCUUCUUUAUCUCUUCCCUAUAAAGCCCCAUUUUCUGCAGCCUCAGUUCAACAAUCCUCGGAUCAUCAUCAUCAUCAUCUUCUUCUUCUUCUUCCUCUUCUUCUUCAUCAUCAUAUUCAUCAACAUCAUCAUCAUCAUCUUCUUCUUCUUCUUCUUCUUCUUCUUUUCUUCUUCUUCUUCUGCUGUAAUGAAAUUCGAAGAGCAGAACCAGAAUCAUCAUCACUCCAAACAGAUAUGCAGAACCUUUCAAGUGGAUACAAUCGAUCACCAUCAUACUAUUUCCUCGCUACUCGCAAUGGAGGCUUCCGAAUACUGCGAUAAGGAUGAUGAUGAUGGCCUCUAUAUCCCUCCUCUCAACUUUUCCAUGGUUGAUAAUGGCAUUUUCCGCUCCGGUUUCCCUGACUCUCCUAACUUCUCCUUCCUCCAAACCCUAGCUCUCCGUUCCAUUAUAUGUUUAUGUCCGGAGCCGUAUCCGGAACACAACAUGGACUUCCUCAAGUCUAACGGGAUUAGAUUGUUUCAAUUUGGAAUCGAAAGCUAUAAGGAGCCUUUCGUGAACAUCCCAGAUGAUAUUAUUCGUGAAGCACUGAAAGUUGUACUUGACGAUAGAAAUCAUCCACUUCUCAUACAUUGCAAAAGAGGAAAGCAUCGGACAGGUUGUCUUGUGGGAUGUCUGAGAAAACUGCAGAGGUGGUGCCUCACUUCUGUGUUUGAUGAGUAUCAGAGAUUUGCAGCUGCGAAAGCAAGAAUUUCAGACCAGAGGUUUAUGGAGUUGUUUGAUAUCUCUGACUUGAAGCAUCUUCCCAUGUCAUUCUCAUGCUCAAAGAGGUGAAAAAUAUGAUAUUAUAAACUAAAAUGCUUCCUUGGCAAAUGCAGAUGACAGAUCUUAUGCUGGAAUUAAAUGGAAAAGGCAGGACCCUUAAAGCCUUUCUUAGUAAUUUAGAGACUUCUCUUUUCUUUUUCCUUUUUGUUCUGCCUUAGGGAUAAUGACAAAUGUUUACAUCUGUACACCUCAAAAGUAUUAUAUACCCUUACACUUGCCCCAAACUCACUCUUUCUCUAAAUCAAUCUGUUUGAUUUACGAAAUUUUGUUGGUGGGCCUCUCGUAGCAUUUAUAGUACUAAGGCCGGUAGAAAAAUUCAAAUACCUUAUAGUUCGUAGUGUGAUUAAUCUAAAUGUUAGUUAAAGUAAAGAAGAAUUAAAAAGGCAUGGCCCUUUUCUUUUGGUGGAUAUCAAUAGUAUUUGAAUGUAAAAGAAGUAUAAUGUUGAUAUUUAUUUGAAGCAAUGACAUGUGAGUAACAAUUUUGAGCUGAUUGAUCAUCUGUGCCUCUGGUUCCUUCGAAGACGAAAGCACGUAACGUAGCUCAGUGGAAAAAGCAAGGCGAGCACUGAAUGGAAGGUACUUUAUAUAUACAUCCCAUCAAUCAAUAAUAUCUCUUGUAGGAUUCAUUCAGUGUUCUGGAAACUGUGUUUCUUUAUAAGAAAUGAUUAUUAACAUUAUGGAGUUUCA